AUGGGCGAGAUUUCAUUGAACACGCGCUACCUUUCAACCAACCGUGGAGUCAUCAAGAUCCUCCAGAUCAUUGUCGGGUUCAUCAUCUGCUCCCUUCUCUGUUCCCAAUGGUACGGAGGACGCUCUUGCUUCGGAGAAGGACGUCUUGGAUUCUCGUCCGGACUUAACUUCGUCUGCGUUGUUGUCAACAUCGUGCUCUUUGUCUUGAACUUCCUCAACAUCAGAGCCUGGGGAUUGGAGAGAAUCUACACCGUCAUCUGCACCGUUCUCUUCCUCAUCGCCUCAAUCCUCAUCGUCUGGUUCCUCAUCGAAGUCAACUCUUCCCGUGGAUGGCUCAUCGCCAGUGCGGCUCUCAUCAUCGUUCAAUUCUUCUUGUUCUUGUGGGAUCUCAAGAUUCUCCAAGGAGAAUCCCCGAACUAG